AUGUCAGCCAUGCACUUUGACAAGCCAGGAGGACCAGAAAACCUUUACCUAAAGAAGGUGGACAAGCCAAGCCCAGGAGAGAGUGAAGUCCUUCUCAAGGUGGCAGCCAGCACCCUGAACUGGGCGGACUUACUCCAGAAACAAGGCCAGUAUGCCCCACCGCCAGAAGCCAAUAUUUUGGGACUCAAGGCAUCUGGACAUGUAGCUGAGCUGGGUCCCAGAUGUCAGGGGCACUGGAAGCCUGGAGACUCAGCCAUGGCUCUGCUGCCCGGCGGGGGCCAGCCUCAGUAUGUCACUGUCCCCAAAGGGCUCCUCAUGCCUAUCCCAGCAGGACUGUCCCUGCCCCAGGCUGCGGCCAUCCCAGAGGCCUGGACCAUAGCCUUCCAGCUGCUGCACUGUGUAGGAGGUGUGCAAGAGGGAAAGACAGUGCUCAUCCAUGCUGGCACAGGAGGCGUGGGCACAGCUGCCAUUCAGUUGACCAGGCUGUUGAAAGCCAUUUCCCUGGUGACCAAGAGCUCCAAGAAGAAUAUUCAAAUGGCUCAAAAACUGGGUGCUGCAACUGGGUUUGAUUAUAAGAAGGAGGACUUCUCUGAGGAGGCUCUGAAGGCCACCCAGAGUGUGGGUGUCAAUGUGAUCCUGGACAGCAUUGGUGGCUCUUACUGGGAGAAGAACUUCCACUGUUUGGCUACAGAUGGUCGAUGGGUUCUGUGUGGCCUCAUUGGGGGAGCAAAAGUCAAUGGACCUCUGCUUUCCAAGCUGUUGUAUAAGAAAGGAAGAUUAAAGGCUAGUCUGCUGAAGUCCAGGGACAAGAAGUAUAAGGAAACACAGGUGAAGACUUUCAUGGAGUAAGUCUUAUCUCACCUCUCCACUGGGAGUGCUGUACAGGUGCAGCCUGUUGUGGAUUAAGUCUUGGCCAUGGCUGACGUCCAGAAGGCCCACUCUCUCGUGGAGGCCAAAUACAAUGUGGACAAAAUUAUCCUGGAGAUGCUCUGA